AGAGAUCGCGGACCAAGCACAACUCUUAGCACACACUCGUUCGGAGUACUGCGAGCACGCCGUGUUUUGCUCCCGCACUACACGGAUUCUCGGGCGAAGGUGUUUGAAGUUUCAUCGACGCUGUGCGCGGUUCGACGGCCGACUAGUGAGUGAGUGAGAUGAGGAAUCAAAUGUUGUGUAGACGGCCGACAGAGUGAAACCCCGGAAUGGGAGCUCUCCCAUAGGAUCUCAGAAAGAGCAGCCAGGUAUCAGGUGCAUCUGACGCGUGCUUCUCUCUCGAGAGCAAUGAAAACCUUGGACACAUUCUGAAACUAUGAGCGAGCUCAAAAUCACAAUCGAGGGAAGCGUGCGCGUCAGAGAGAACAAGCGAUGGAAAAGCCGUUAUUGCUCGGUGACCAAGGCAUCACCCGUCGCUAACUCGCUGCAAAUCCAUCUUUCGAAGGAGCAGAAGAACGGUCAGACCAAUGUUGACAGAAGGUCUACGGCUAAAGGGACGACGAUAUGCCUCGAGAACUUCCUGGGAGUACAGAGCGGCUUCCUCUUGGAUAAAGAGCCGCACACAUUGGCCAUCUUCUGCCAAGAUACAUGCGUCGUCCUAGCCAUGGAAAAUCGAGAGACUGCGGCGCUAUGGGAAGCGCGGCUGCGUCUCUCAAUGCCAGAGGUUUGCCACUUCGACGCCCAGUUGGUCAAAGUUCCUGCCGGUGGGAAAGGGGCCUUGGGACCAUGCCGCAUUCACAUUCAGGACCACCAGUUCUGCAUCACGCAUCAGACUGCGCACGGACCUCAAGUUCUCCACUCCUGGAAGAUUCAGGAGCUUCGGCGUUACGGCAAGCUUGAAGAGAAUCUCUAUGGGUUUGAGGGCGGAUCCCGGUCAGGGAAGGGCGAGGGUGCUCAUGUCCUCAUGCUCGACGACGUUGCCGGUUUAGAAGCGACGUUCCACGUCGCGUCUCAGGGCUUCCUCAAUCGACAGAAGAAAAGUGUGUACAAUGCUCUCAUGGCGGACUUGGUUGGAUUGAGGGAAAGAUUCACAUCAGCGAAUUCCACGAGCUCGUCAACCCUCGCCGGUUCCGUCUCUUCGCUCUACGGCGGAUCAACGUUGCGUCGAAAGCAUAACUGCCAAUGUCAAUGUGCGGACGCGGUGUCGCUCAAACCGCCAUCCGAAUACGACCCGUCCGGCUCCACAACGCCAGCCCCACAACCGGCAGCCCUUCCCCAAGACGUGGCGGAUACAGCCGCUGAAACCUCCGCUGCAAGCUCCGCAAAACUCUGUGAUCGUUCUUCACUCUGUUCCGAGAGUUCGGGAACCGGAAGCUGUGGGGGUAGCGUGGGCCUUCGCUCAGAUGAGAGUUCGGACUACGACGUUCCGAAGAACAUGUCGUCAAGUUUAGUCGAGCCGUCGUCCUGUUACGAUCAGCCAAAGAACCUCCAGGCCGUCGUGAAUGCCCUGCGAUGUCCAUGUCAGCCACAAACUGUAGAACCCUUGCUGGACUACGACGUUCCUGCACAAAUCUGUAGCAAUUACGAUACACCGAAAACCUUCUCUGAAUCUCUACGACCGCAAGCAUUUCGCGGACCCAUGCUAGAAUACGACACCAUCAAAGCAAUUACUUCUGCGGGCGUCGGCGGCACUAUGGACGCCAAAAGCCGUCUGCUCCACUCGCAGAAGGAGAACAGCGACGUGAACGCUGAGCUCGAAAUGACCACGCGAAAACAAUUGAUCGAGGAAAUCUGCCAGGGACGUCCGCACCUGGCUCACCACCAAGCCCUGACUUUUGGCUCGGCCUUUCUUCCGAAUAGUCGUCUUCUCGCAGAGGCUCCGCUGCCAGACAGCAGUCACCCGAGCCUCGACUUCAUAAGUUCGCAGUUUGUAGAUAGCCUCUCCCUGUAUCCUCUCGAAGACCCUCCGCAGGGAGGACUCCCAGGUCCUGCGCCGAGUUUCGUUUAA